AGCAGAAUGUCUGUGUGCAACCCCGAACAACUAGCUACCACACAGAAAGCUGUUGAGAAUAAAGUAGCACUUUUAUUUCAAUUUCUUAGUCACAAGGAUAAUGAUGUAUCAUUAGGAGUUUGUGAUUUUGCUCGAGAAUACGUACAGUUUCUGAAGCAGCAGUCUAGUGUAGGGGCAUAUCGUUUUGCUGGAAAAUCAAAUGCUGAAGCAAUGCUCUGUAUAAUUAUAAAGAAGUACAAGUAUAACGACUCGUAUAACUUUGACCAUCAGGGUGAAGCUGAAAUAUCCUUUGAUGACUACAGAAAAUCUUUGAAAGUUUUGUUUGACAAUCUUGCACAGCUGGAUUAUGAGUUAGUCCUGUGUACAACAAAGGCUAUGAUCACAAUAACUCUUCAACAGUGGAAGAACUUGCCAUUUCAAGAAGUGGAGGUAGCUCUCACUUUCUUGUAUCUACUUGGAGAAGCUGUCCCAGCAUCUCAUGGUAAUCAUUUUGUUGGAGAUGGUGACAAACCUUCAUCUAUGACAGAGCUGCUAAGACUUCUGGUAACUAGUAACGUCAGUACUUAUGGACACACAGCAGUAACUUUACAGUUUUUUGAAACUGUUGUGCGUUACGAGAAGUUUUUUGGUCUUGAACCUCAUCAUAUUCCUGAUAUUUUGGUUGCCUUCAUGGAUGAACGAGGACUUCAUAACAGAAACUCUCGAUUACGCAGUCGAAUCUGUUACCUGUUUUCACGGUUUAUCAAGUGCUUGAAGCUUCACAUUCAGGGAUAUACGGAGGACAUCCUGAAACAGGUACAAGACCUGCUACUUCUAGCACCACCUGAAAAUGGUUUCAGCACAAUGUUACUGAUUCCUGAAGAUCAGCUGUUUCUCUAUGAAGCAUCUGCCAUCUUAGUUGUUUCAAGUCAGUUUGAAGCUCAGCACAAGAAGUUGUUGUUGAAAAAUCUGUUAAGUCCAGUGAUGGCAAAGUUUGAAACACUUCUUCAACAGUUACAAAUGGAGACAGAUAAGAACCGGAGUCGAGCAGUUGCUGAAUGUAUGAGUCAUGCUAUUGCUUGUACGAGUCGAACAAGCAAGGCAUUUUCCAACCAGCAAACAAUGAAAACAACUGGUGUUGUACAAGUCUACACUGAUACUUUGAAGGUUUUCUUGCGUGCAUUAGAGAUCCCCCAUGAAAGGUCAGUACUGCAAACUGCUGUCCGUCAGUUCUUGCAUCGCAUGGUUAUUUGUUUGGAAGAAGAAGUCUUACCAUUUAUUCCUUUAGCAGCAGAAUGGUUGGUCAAGGAUGCAGACUGUCAUAGCAUUCAGGAGUUCAUACCCCUUAUAAACCAGAUUAUUGGGAAGUUUAAAAAAAACAUUGUUUCAUUUCUCCAACGUAUCUUUAUACCACUGGUCACUGCUAUUUUCAAUGCUUUAGCCGUUCCUAUUGACGAAAAUGAUCAAGAAGCUCAGAGAGAGAGGCAGGUUUUACAACGUAGCUAUUUCCUCUUUAUUGCAGCUAUAGUCACAAAUAACAUCACAGAAGUUCUAGCAUCUCAAGAUAUGCAGAGUAUGGAACAAGUGCUACAAACAAUUAUACAAGGUGCUGUAGACUUUCCCGACCCUGUGGCUCAGAAGACGUGUUUCAGUAUUCUCAGGAAAAUGGUGGAAUUUUGGGGUGGGCCUGAUGGGGAAGCAGGAUUUGUAGAGUUCAUGUACAAAUCUAUCAUCCCAGCAUGUUUUGUAGCCCCUUUGAAGGAGACAUUUGACCUCACAGAUGCUCAAACAAUAUUAGCCCUGUCCGAGAGUGCGUUGUGUUUAAGAACGAUAUAUGAAAAGAGGGGAGAUGAAUUUGCGAACUACCUUCUUACGCAGUAUCUUCCCACACUGAACAUCGUGCCAGAGAGAAUAACAGAUUAUUGUCAAGCCUUGAAGUCAGAACCAAAGGUUUUUAAGAGCUAUCUAAGGAUUUUUUUCCAGCAAGCAAAAUCAUAAUGAACUCUGAUAUCUAGCUUUAUCAAGGAACAUGGCCAGUUCUUCGUGUCCGUUCUGAAGAGGGCAGCCUACCACAAUGUUAUUACAAAUUCAUUUGUGGUUAUUAAAUGUUGAAUAAGCAUCAAAAGAACUACAAGAAUAGACUUUUUCAGUUGGGCAAUGCUUACUAGUAAAGAUACAAGAAUUACUUCUACCAACACGCUUCAUUGAACAGAGCAAGUGUAUAUUCACAAACUUUUUUCAGCUAACCUCAAGCAAAGCAAAGUGUUGUCAGUGCUAUAGAGAAGAUAUCAUGCUGCUUCAUAAAGUCAGUCCUUGUGUCAUUUUGUUAUAUAGAUUACAUUGUUUCUUUAUGAUGGUAAUUUUGUAUUUUUUAGAAUAAUAUGCAAAUUUAAGCUUCUGUGUCGUAUUUCAGAGGUUGUCAUUAUUCAGAAACUGACAGUUUUUAAAAAUUGUUUUCUUCCCCAAAUAACGGAAAAGUGGGAAAAAAUAAUUUAGAUUUACAGCUAUUUGUUUUUGUUUUAUAGGAUCAAUAUUUAUUCAUUCAAAAAUUGAGGGAAUUAAAUAUCAAGAGCAGUAUGAUGAUUUCACGGUAUUGGUUCAUUAAAUUGAUAUAUUGUUCAUAAAUUUAAAGGGAAAUGAAUAGAAGAGAAUGGGUAUUUAAUACAGGAUUAAGGGAAAAAAAUUAAAGCACCUAUGGAAUGUGUUUAGAAUAUAACCAUUUAGUGUAUAGGAAAGGUUGUUGAUUUUCCAUGAAAAAUGAAUUACUUAAAAAGAUGGGCAGAUUUUAUAUGCAAUUAAUAAAAAAAAAAAAUAACUACCCUGGAGAAUGAAAAACUUAUUGAUGAUGGGUUUAAGUAGAAAUUGCAUCAUAACUGUUUAUAUGUAAACUGAUUAAAAGUUAAGAACUGGCAGUUGUUCUGAGUACUAACUGACCGAGAAUAACUAUUAAAGUUUGUUAAAGUAAAUAGUGUGAAUAACUAUAUGAAUACAAAGCAAAGAUCAUGAAAUACAGUUUUUGUCCUAGUCCAAGGCACAACAUUCAGUUAGUGUACCCUCAUAUGUAUAGUUUUUAAUUUUAGACAACAGGUUUACUGUUACAUAGUGAGGAAUAUGAAUUUUAAGUUAUUUUAUUCAUUCUCAUAUUCUUAGAAAGUUAUUGAAAUACUUGACAAAAAUUACCUUAAACUGUACACAGUCUCUUUGGUUUGCACUUGACAACAAGUCAGUGUUUGGACAGUAUGCUGGUUUUUUUUAUGAACUUUAAUAGUUUUGUAAAUUUUAAUGUAAAAUACAAAGUUUUUGUUGCAUAUUGGAAACUAGGGGUAUAAUAUAAAUGUGUUUAUUACAAAACUUUUUUCUGUUGUUUUUCAAAUAAUUUUAUAUUAAACAGAAAUAGCUAUACUGAAAAAGUAUGGAUUCACUGAAUAUAUAACUUUAGUUUAAGUGUAAAAAACAGGAGGUUCCUAAAAUACAUAUGUCGUAAAGAAGACAACAUAUUGAUUGUGUGAGUUUUAUUACAAUCACUUAAAAGUCCUGUACAUUUUUACAUUGGGCCAUGUCUUUUGUCCAGGUUACCUUUAUGUAACCAUUUAACAAAUGGCUAAUAAGAAAAGAGUACGGAUGUUUAAGUACAUUCUUUUGCAUUCAUGUCAAUAGUGUAAACACUUUGAUCUACCAUUGUAACGUCUUAUGUUACUUAAUUGUUAUAUAUAUUAGAUAAUUGAAUUUGUUUUGCUUCUUUGCUCAGCUUCAUUUUCAUCAGUAGUUUUGUGUUCAUGUUUUACAUUUUCUUAUGUGGCUCACCUAACAUCUUGCAAAAGGAGGAGCAUUACAUGGUUACCUAUUUCCAGAAUUUGACAUUAGAGGAGACUAUUAAAGUUUAACUGAAAUUACCCCCAUGUAAAUCUCACUUGAACUAUUUAUUUGUUAUGGUUUAACUCUGGACCGUAUGAUCCACUACAUAGUUAUCUGUCUAGGAAAAUAUUAUAUGAAUUAUUUCCCUACCAGAGGUCCCUUUUGGGCAAGUCUAAUUAUGGUUCAGCUCUUAUUUCUCAGCCAUAGGUGGAGGAGUUAAAAAAAAAACUACUGCUCUUGAAAGCCGUGGUUGUUUAUUAAAUUGAUAUUUUGUACCAUUUAAGUUUUAUCUUUAGUGUAUGUUGUUACAUAUAUUUUGUUGUGAAAUGUAUAUAAUUGACUUAAACAAUUUACUAUCUAGUAAACCAUUUAGAACUGUUACUAUAAAGAUGUUACUUGGGUUACAAUGAAGGUACAGUGUUAGAAGAUGAAAGAUUACAAAACCCUAAUUUUUCCCCUUCAUGGGUUGGUCAUAAGUGAUUUUGUAUAUUAUUGUUUGAUGUACAUAUAAGUUAUUUUAUUUUGAUUUGUUUUGGAAGUUUGACAUCCUCACGUAUUAUUUGUUUUCUGGGUUAUUUUUGAAUUUGUUUGUUCACUUUGUCUAAACAAAACAAAAACAAGAUUUACUGCUUUGGCUGCCAUCGUAUAUGCUUACAAUACUUAUGUUUGAUUAAUCUUUAAGUUGCAACAAUACACUUCCUGAAGGUUUUAUAUAUUUUACUUAUUGUAUGUCCCUUUCAUAAUAGGUCAAGAACCCCAGAUACACUGCUAAGUAUGUAAUACAUACUUCUUUUUUUGUUUUCAGCAAAACACUGAAUUAAAAUUGAAUCUUUUCUGUAUGCCUCACACAUAAUAUAAAUGUGUUUUUCAUUUAUCUGACGUUUAGAUUUAAAGUGCACAUUAAUAUCUUGUAGUUGUUUAGUUCGUGUUUCAGACAUUCUCUUAAAAUCAACACCUAAUCACAAAAGAUGUUUAUUGAAAGGCAAAAAAAACCAUUCACACAGUUUUGUAGAAGAGAAGAAAUAGAGCAAUGGAUUU